UCUCCGGCCGGCUGCAGAUGGACCGUGCGUCAGUCGGCGGCGCGCAGUGGCAGUGGCCGGUCCGGUCUCCAGUCUGUCCAGACACCAUGGCGCGCCACACACUACUGCUGGCGGCCGGGGCUGUGCUGGUGGUGGUCUCAGGCACCGCGGCGGCAGGGAAUAGCAACGCCGUGAUGCCCGACCGGUACUGCCUCUCCUGCCUGUGCGUGGCCUCGAGUGACUGUGACCUGAACACGCCGUGCCGGGAGGUGGGCGGCAGGUCCUUCUGCGGCCCCUUCUACAUGACCGAACACUUCUGGAGGGCGUCCAACGUCAGCACCGAGCAGCGCUUCAGUCAGCUUGAUUACCUCGGCUGUGCCCAGGAUGUGGACUGCGCCGGCCAGGCGGUCACUCUCUACAUGGCCAGCCACGCCACGGACUGUGACGACGACGGCCACAUCACGUGCAAGGACUUUGGUCUGACGCACCUGCUGGGGCCGCGCCGGUGCCACGACCCGGCGCAGCGCCGCGCCGCCGAGGAGACCGUGUUCGUGCGCCGCUUCGCGCGCUGCCUGCUGGACACCCUGGGCCUGCUGGGAGCCGGUCGGCGGGUGCGGCCGCACUGCCAGCCGCGACUGCUCACCUGGCGGGCGGCGGCCGACUUCGACAGCGAACAGCAGCAGCUGCUCUGAAUAGCUGCUCUGAGACGGACCGCAGCAGCUGGUCUAAACAGCUGCUCUGAGAGGGACAGAGUUCGACAGUCAGCAGCAGCAGCAAUUGUUCUGAAAGCUGACAGUCUGAGAGAGGCUGUAUGGACACGGGUGGACAGUCGCGGGCCUCGGGAGUGCGCGACUGAGCACGGGUACAGCGGCUGGAGAGAUGGUGGAAUGGACCGACUGCGGAGAACAGAGGCUGUUGGAACUGUUGUUAGUUGUAUGUACGCUAGGUGUGUCUUUCCAACCAAUAGCUAGACACUAACAUGAACAAUCUUCGACAGUGAACGGUGUUACUGUGCAGUCUCCAACUGGACAGAGGACAUCCAACGACCGAUCUUAGAGAAGACGUACACAAUCUACCGUGACGGCGCUUACAUAAUGUCGGCAAAUACCUACCAAAUCGACCAAAUGGGUUGGACACAGGCUUGGAAAGGCCGAAUUCCAAGCACAUCAUCUCCGGCAGUCCGUGGGACAAACCCAGUGGCGCACAGUACCGUCGGACUGCUGAGCUGCCUUCGAGGGACGGCAGCCGGAGACCAAUGAUUUACCGACGGGAUUCCGCUAAUCCGCGUUAACCGUCCCUGUCGAACGUCAACUGCUGCCAAUUCCCGGCCCGGGUCAGGAAUGCCGCUCCCGGGAAUAACGUCCUUCGAAGAUCUGCUGGCGAACUCGCGGCUCUACGCGACCUUCCACAUGUAAACCGGUGAAUAUUGCUGGAACAAUGCAGGAUUGGCAAUAGGACCGAACAACAGACGGUAUUGCUGCCAUCGCUGGAUUGUCCGUGCAGUGCGACUGACAAUUGCCAUUCUACCAUCAGUGCCAUACCGGAGACGGUGACCGGUCGGUGCGGGCCGUCCCACCACAGUGACCUCCGCAGUGACCUCCGCCGGAGUGGAGCGCGACGCACCGGCGCCGCCGGAUCCAAGGACACUCGUCACCGACUGCAGGGAUACCGGCGGCUGCUGGUGACUGGUAGUGACUGGGACAACUGUCGGUGACUGCGGCUGUUAUCGGCUAUCGCUGGAGAACUGUGGGAAGGCAGGCGCACUGUCCUGUGGUUACCAUUCUAAUUAGCAGAACCUGUUCUUGAGAGAGAACGUAAUUCACGCGAAAAGGACAAGAGAAAGACCGGACCAGGCAGAUUGGCCAUCCCAGCCGCCAAGGUAACCGCCGCUCGCUGACCGUGGCUAACCUCGUGUGGUAGUGCGUGGGAGUAUGCUACUCAGCCUUGCCAUCCGGAAAUGACAGACUCAUCCAGAGCCGAUCGAAACGAGAGUUAUACGGCGUCCGGACUGCAGCGACCUGAAGCAUGCGAGCCGACCGUGACACUUCUGAGAACCGCAGCCGCAUGCCAGAGACGCACUAUGUGUGAUAAAUGACCCGGGACGGCAUCAAGGCACAUUGGUGGACCUGUUUGGGCUGCGACGUGAUUCAACGGUCGUCAAUUCAAUGCAGCGAGAUAUGCGAGAUGGAGAGUCCCAGUAACUCGGCCGCCGAAUAGAUCACAGUGAUCGACCUCGACCUCUUCAUGGAACAGUGUGUCGAUCGGAGGCCGAAUUUAGAGGACAGAGAGGCUGGAGACAGCCCCCUGAGCUCCACUGUCACACAGCGGGGUCGGCGACAGCCCCCUGAGCUGCACCGUCGCCCGGGUCAUGGAACCGGCCGCACAGACCUUGGCUCCGGCUGUUUUGCAUACCCGCUCACAGACUGUCCCAUAAACCAGAAUCAACCAACGCAAGGUUACUGAUCGCAAGCAAUAAACUUCAAAACACAGGACUGUUUCCAGCCAACACUUCCCCACUCAGUCGGCAAUGGCCCGGCGGGGAUAGCUGUGAAUACGACCGUGAAGGGGCAAUUGUUCGUGUCGGCCUAGCGCUUGCUUGUCUCACAAUAGGCUGUCCAUCGCUGGGUGAUCCUGUGAUAGGCUCGCAGUCGCUAAUAAUGCCGUAGCCAUCAUUUGCACUAGAGUGUCUGUAACUGAUGUGUUUACGGCCGUCCGUUAUAACUGAUUGGGUGGUUACUCGGGUCCGUAGGUGCUGAUAAGCACAGCGUCACAACCACGUAACAGGAUCACUGACGUUUUAUGACGUUACACCUCCACAGGCAGGUGGUCCGGCUCGGACUGGCCCCAUCCGUGACACACCAAGGUCCUCCCCCAGUCAGUUGUGGUCACGAAUCUCAGCCUAUCUGACAGCCCCUCCACUGGUCCCAGUCGUAAGCUCUGUAGACGACCCUGUAGACGACAAAAGUGUCUAAAAAUGCACCGCUCAAUAUGUCUAAUUGGGUGCCCGACAGAGAUAUGUCGAGUCAUCAGUCACGUGACCAAUGACCACCCUUCACUGUGCUGUACGAUUCCGCCGCACCGUCUCUUUAUCUCGUUAUGCUGUCGAGUGUAUUUUGUUGCGCCCUGGGAAAGCGUGAAUCCCAUAAAGUAUAAAGUGAAUCCUGCGAACUGCGAUUCAUGUGUGAUAACAUGAUAUUGUGUAGAAGUGUAUAGACAUGGUACUGAGGCGGAGGCCGUGCCAACUGUAUGAAACUGUAUUGUAAGUUGUAAGUAGCAUGUCAUAGUGCAUGUUUUGUGAAGUAUUGUGAAAUUACGAGAUGUCUCGUAUAUAGCAUAUGAAUCGAUGUUAAUUUUGAUGUCUAAUAAAUUCGUGCUACGGA